CUCUCAUAUACCAAUCACACCACAUAUCCGAAUACACACUCCAGGAAAAUGACAUCCCGCAUCGGCAUAAUCGGCGUCGGCCCCGUCGGCGCCGCCGCCGCCUACGCCCUGCUCCUGCAGCACGUCGCGCGCGAGCUAUGGGUCGUCGACAUCAAGCUCGACCGCCGCGACGGCCAAGUUCGCGACCUGGCCGACGUCGCCGCUGUUGUUGCCAACCCUAAAUCCCGGGGGGCCGGGGCCACCGUGCGCGCCGCGACGCACCACGAAGUCGCCGCGGAGUGCGAUAUCAUUGUCAUCACAGCGGGAUCUAAGUAUACCAUCGGAGAAACAAGCAUGCAGCACCUCUACCGCAAAGUGUCGAUCGUGCGGAGCAUCGUCGCGGCCAUGCAGCCCAUCCGCCGGGAUGCGGUGCUCUUAGUGGUGUCGAACCCGGUGGAUCUGUUGACCUCCCUGGUGAAGGAGAUGGCGGGGUUGCCGGCGGGACAAGUGCUGGGGACGGGGACGGAGCUUGAUGGCGUGCGGUUGCGGGCCUUGGUGGCGUCCGAGAUGGGGACCCCCGCAUCCUCCAUCAACCUCAACGUUGUCGGGGUCCACGGCCCCUCCCAACUCGCGACCUGGUCCACCGCCACCAUCAACGACCAACCCCUCCACCCGACGCUUCUCAGCACCCAUCACCCGACGCUUCUCGCCGACGAGUGCAAACGGCGGUCCGAGGCCAUCGUCCAUGCCAAGGGGUCGACCGAGUACGGCAUCGCGGCGGUGAUCGCGCGGCUCUGCGCGGCCAUUUUAGAUGAUGAACAGAGCACCCACGCGGUGAGUCAUUUCCAGGCGGAGUUCGGGUGCUGUUUUAGUUUGCCGGCGGUGUUGGGAAGGGAGGGGGUCGUGCGGACAGUCGCGGUGGAACUGACUGAGGCGGAGAGGGUGGAGAUGGAGAGGAGUGUCCGGCUGUUGAGAGGGCGCAUUGGGUCCGUGGAGGGGGAUGGUGUUGUUUGAUUUUUGGUGGUUCGGGGUCAUGGGCUUUCUUUGUGCUGGUGGUGCAGGG